UAAAGUCGUUUCUGUGUGAACGAUAUAAGACCAGCGCCAAGAACAGAGCCAAAAGAACUUAUUUCCGCGACGUGGAAGCAGUCUUUUGUUUUGCUAUGCUAAUUAGUAGUUAUUAGUUUAUUCAACCCAGACCGGGUGGACUUUUAAUAGGAUAUAGUCGCUAUCAGCGUAGCCAAGGUUCUUGAGGGAAACCACGUUGCAGUGCAAGAUAAAGAGACAACCCAGCAAACACUGGAAACACCUGAGCUAACAAUCCAGUAUCAGCUCUUUUAGAGGCAUUCCACUUCAUUUAAUGGUUCACCUACAGACCCGAAGAGCAGACACGUAGCCACGGAUAUCCGGCAAAUAUGAGGCGACCUAAUCUCAAAUGGAUAGUGAAGGCCUCGCUGCUUUUGUUGGUCUCGCUGACACUGUUUAUACUAAUCACCAGCUGGAUCUCCUCCAGUCCGUACACCAAUAAGCCCGUUCACCAUGGCAUUGAACCUCUGCCCGAACAGGCUGGCCUUUCCGGCGAUGUUCAGCCUAAUAUUCCAGCUCCACAGCCUAGACAUAAGCAACCAAGCGCUAAAAAAGAAGUAGAACCAGAUUUUGAAGCGGAUCCGGAGCUACAGAAGAUCGAUGAGCCGGAACCGGAGAACGAAGGGGUCCACAAUCCUCGGUCUGCCGAAGAUGAGCCUGGACAGCAGCCGCAGGAGGAACUGCAAAUGGCUCCGCCGGCCGAUGCUUCGGUGAAGAAGGAUUGGCAUGACUAUACGGCAAUGGAAAAGGAUGCAAAGCGCGUUGGUCUUGGAGAGAAGGGCAAAGCUGCUUCAUUGGACGAUGAAUCCCAGAAAGACUUGGAAAAACAAAUGUCACUAGAAAAUGGAUUUAACGCCCUUCUCUCAGAUUCCAUAUCGGUUAACCGUUCGCUGCCCGACAUCCGUCACCCACUUUGCCGCCACAAGGAGUACGUCACAAAGCUACCCACUGUCAGUGUGAUCAUCAUUUUCUACAACGAAUACUUGAGCGUAUUGAUGCGCUCGGUUCACAGUCUGAUUAACCGCUCGCCUCCGGAGUUGCUCAAGGAGAUCAUCCUGGUGGACGAUCACAGUGAUCGGGAAUACUUGGGUCACGAUCUGGAGGCCUACAUUGCGGAUCACUUUAAGUGGGUUCGCGUGGUGAGAUUACCAAAGCGCACGGGCUUAAUUGGAGCCCGAUCGGAGGGAGCAAGAAAUGCAACUGCCGAGGUGCUCAUCUUCCUAGACUCACAUGUGGAAGCCAAUUACAACUGGCUCCCACCUCUGCUGGAGCCGAUUGCCCUGAACAAACGCACUGCGGUGUGUCCUUUUAUCGAUGUGAUUGAUCACUCCAACUUCAACUACCGAGCUCAGGAUGAGGGAGCCCGAGGAGCCUUCGACUGGGAGUUCUUCUACAAGAGGUUACCCCUCUUGGAAGAGGACCUCCAACACCCCGCCGAUCCUUUCAAGAGCCCCGUUAUGGCUGGUGGAUUGUUUGCCAUUUCCUCUGAGUUCUUCUGGGAACUGGGCGGCUAUGAUGAAGGUCUGGACAUUUGGGGUGGCGAGCAGUAUGAGCUAAGCUUCAAGAUCUGGAUGUGCGGCGGAGAAAUGUAUGAUGCUCCCUGCUCUCGUAUCGGUCAUAUAUAUCGAGGACCACGAAACCACCAGCCGAGUCCAAGAAAGGGCGACUAUCUGCACAAGAACUACAAACGAGUGGCUGAGGUUUGGAUGGACGAGUACAAGAACUACUUGUACAGUCACGGCGAUGGACUCUACGAGAGUGUGGAUCCUGGCGAUCUCACCGCACAAAAGGCAAUUCGCACCAAGCUUAAAUGCAAGUCCUUCAAAUGGUUUAUGGAGGAGGUGGCUUUCGAUCUGAUGAAGACCUACCCGCCGAUAGAUCCGCCAGCGUAUGCUCUGGGCGCGCUACAGAAUUUGGGAAACAAGAACCUUUGCUUGGACACAAUGGGUAGAAAGAAGCACAACAAGAUGGGGAUGUAUGCAUGUGCGAGCGAUUUAAAGAUACCACAGAAAACACAGUUCUGGGAGCUGAGUUGGAAACGAGAUCUGCGCCUGCGACGAAAGAAGGAAUGCCUGGACGUGCAGAUCUGGGAUGCCAAUGCGCCUGUUUGGCUAUGGGACUGUCACAACCAGGGUGGCAACCAGUACUGGUACUACGACUACCACAAGAAGCUGGUCAAGCACGGAACGGAAGGCAGAAGGUGCCUGGAGCUUCUGCCCUUCUCACAGGAAGUGGUGGCCAACAAGUGCGACCCCGACAAUCAGUUCCAGCACUGGAACUUUGGCACCUUCAACCAAACGGCACUGGACCACUACUCCCAGGAUCUUGCCCUCAGCCUUUAACCGCUGCACAGCGACAGUAUCACUUGCCAUGUACUUAGAAAACUUCGAUGUAAAUAACUAGGCUAGAUAGGUUCUAAGGCUAUUUGGCCAAUUUACAGUUUACCCCGACUCAAGCGCACAUUUCCAUUGCUGCAUAAAAGACUAUCCAUGUAUCUUUAUAAAAAGUACAUCUCAAAGUAAUUCCACUUGCCACAAAGUUGAUUUGUGGCGACUGUUCAGGAUUUUGUUUGGUUUUCAGCAAGAUCCUGAAUAUAAUAUUAAAGGAAAAUACUUAGUGAGAGUGAGCCUUCAAGUUGUCAUAAGUUUUGUCUGUGUACUCCAUAAAGAUAGUUUUCCAUUAAAAUUAGCAGUUUUUAAAAUAAUA